AUGCGUCUCAUCCUGUUUGGGGCCGUCGCCCUUUUGCCUUUUUUCGCAGAGUUGGUUCACGCCAAACCAGCCUUUGGCCUUCUGAAGCACUUCUUGAAUUUUGACUCCCCUGCCAGAUUCACCCAUUGGAGGUCCAGACCGGUGAGGAACAACCACUUGAUGAAAACCCGCGGCCCUCCGAGAUUCAGUUCUGGAUCGGCUGGAUUUUGGAAAAAUCCAGCUCCCUACCCUCCCUAUAUUCCUCGUCCACAGUGGAGAACACAUACCUGCUCUGAUUCCACCCCAACCACCCAUUACCGACCCUCCAAACCCCAUGACAGGCCAACCAUCCAGUCCGGCCCCUGCAUUGACCACCACAACCCAACCACCUGCAUUGACCACUACAAUCCAACCCCCUGCAUUGACCACCACAACCCAACCACCUGCAUUGACCACUACAAUCCAACCCCCUGCAUUGACCACCACAAUCCAACCCCCUCCACUGACCACCACAAUACAACCCCCUGCAUCAAAUACUACUGUCGAACCGCCUGCAACAGACCCUUCAGUUCAGCCCCCUGCAUCAAAUACUACAGUCAAACCACCUGCAACGGAUCCUUCUGUGCAACCCCCUGCAUUGAUCACUACAAUCCAACCCCCUGCAACAAACCCUCCGGUCCAACAACCUGCAACAAACCUUCCAGUUCAACCCCCUGCAUCAAAUAUUUCUAUCCAACCGCCUGCAACGGAUCCUUCGGUCCAACCGCCUGCAACGGAUCCUUCGGUCCAACCGCCUGCAACGGAUCCUUCGGUCCAACCGCCUGCAUUGACCACUACAGUCCAACCCCCUGCAACAAACCCUCCAGUUCAACCCCCUACAGCAAAUACUACUGUCCAACCGCCUGCAACAGACCCUUCAGUCCAGCCCCCUGCAUCAAAUACUACAGCCCAACCCCCUCAAUUGACCACUACAAUCCAACCUUCUGCAACAAACCCUCCCGUUCAACCCCCUAUAUCAAAUACCACUGUCCAACCAACUGCAACAGACCCUUCAACCCAACCUCCCACAGCCAACCCUCCGGUCCAAUCAACUGUGUCUCAACACCUUCGGUCAGUCCAGACCCCUCCCCACCCACGACUGACACUCCUGCAGAAACCGAGGCCACAACCACGAUUGGCACAACCGAACUCCCAUCAGAAGUCACAAUGACCACGUUUGUGGAGGAAAACAGCACAGAGGUCACUGAACUGCCGGCCGACGACCAACCUGAGCCGUUCCCUGGAAAUACAGUGGUGACCGAAAUCGAAGAAUAUAGCACCCCGGGUAAUUUAUAUCUCCCACCGUCUGGAAUCAAAAAAAGGGAUGUCAGUGAAAUUGUGCCGGCUGAAACGACCCAAGUUAAACCGGUGCCUCUUCCUGCCGAAUUGGAGCCCACGUCGGUUGCAUCUGGUGCUCAAGGCGCGGACGAAAAUAUGGUCAUCGGGGUGGAGGGUGAAGGAGGCAGCGAGCAGAUGGGCGGGCUCACCCUGGCUAAAUUUGUGGACGAGUUGCUUGCGUUAAGAGCAAAGACCAAAGGCACCGCGUGGUGA